AUGGACGACGCUGACGUCGUUGCGUGCUGCGGGUGCUUCGGCUUGCCCAGUCCCAGGACUCCCUCGACGCCCUCGAAGCGCUCGUUGUUUCGCGGGAAUGAUUCAGCGAGGCAAGAGCCUUCCUCUGGCCCGCCUCCCUUACGGCGCUUCUCCUAUCGCGAGCUAUACCAGGCAGCGGGGUACUUCAAUUCGUCCCUGCAGCUGGGCAAGGGCAGCUUCGGGACCGUUUUUCGCGGGCAGGUGGAUGAGUGGCUGGGAGAGCUGCCACGUGGCAGCAGGAGAGAGGUCGCGGUGAAGGUGCUUCACACAGAGAGCGUCAGGGCGUUUGAUGAUUGCCUGGCGGAGAUCCUAGUGCUGGGCGAUCUGAACCACCCCAACCUGGUGCGGCUGCUGGGGUAUUGCAUGGAGGACAGCCGGGCCAUUCUGGUGUACGAGCUGGUGGAGAGGGGCGACCUGCACCACUGGCUGCACCCCAAUGACCUCUCCCCAGACAGCCCGUGUCUGACAUGGGAGCAGCGGGUGCAGGUGGCAGUGGGCAUGGCAGAGGGCCUGGCAUAUCUGCACGGGCAGAACAUCAUUCACCGGGAUUUCAAGUCACAUAACGUGAUGCUGGACAGAGAGCUGAGAGCAAAGGUGACUGAUUUCGGCAUGGCCACACGGGGACCGGAGGAGGGCAAGACGCACGUGUCAACUCGCAUCAUGGGCACCCUGGGGUACCUCGACCCUGACUAUAUCGACACAGGUCACCUCACCCCACUAAGCGAUGUCUUCUCUCUGGGCGUUGUCCUCCUCGAGCUGCUCACCGGCCGCUCCCCCGCCACCACCGCCACCCACAACCGCCUCUUCCCCUGGAUCCACAAACAGCUGGCGCGAGGUAAAAAAGGGGGCGGGGGAGGCGGAGGGGGAGACUCAACAUCAGCAGCAGCGGCAGCAGCAGAAGCAGGUGAUGAAGAGCAGCAGCAGCAGCUGCAGGGGAAGAAGGCGGAUGGGUUUCACAUAAGCCAGGUGGUGGAUCCGCGGCUGAAGGGGCAAUUCUCCGCGAGUGCAGCGAGGAAAUUGUUGCUGGUGGCGCUGCAGUGUAGUCAAGAGGAGCCGAGCAAGCGCCCUGAGAUGAGCCGCGUGGUGCAGAGAUUGAGGGAGAUCGUUGUUGGUGGGGGAGGAGUAAGAGGAGCUGUAGGAGCAGGAGGAGCAGGAGUGCAAGGGGUGGCAGGGGGUGGGGUGGCAGUGGCAGGGGCAGGAGUUCAAAUGUAG